GUAUCUCAUUGGCCGGCAUUGCACUUGCGAAGUUAGCAGAUAUUGACUCCAAUGGGAACUCCCAUACGCAGUGGAAAAUUUCGAAAUGCUACUGAGACAAUGAGGCUCAUUGUAGGAGUUUUUAUUGGAGUUGUUUUUGGUUUCUUCUUAGGAGUAUCGUUUCCAACGCUCUCAUUAAGCAAGAUGAAUCUCCCAUCCAGCCUUUUCCCAUCCGUUGAUCUCACAUAUAUUGAAGAUAAAUACUCGAAUGUUCAAAGCAGACCAGUUUGGGAUGCCUGGGAUUCAUUUAGGGGUAACAGAAAGAUGUCUAAUGGACUUCCCAGAUCGAAUGACACAAAGAUUUGGGUUCCAACAAAUCCUAAAGGGGCUGAAAGGCUACCCCCUGGUAUAGUCAAUUCUGAGUCAGAUUACUAUGCUCGUCGAUUAUGGGGUCAGGUUCAUGAGGACCUACCCAUGAAACCGAAGUAUCUGAUCACUUUUACUGUUGGCUACGACCAGAAAAACAACAUUGAUGCGGCAAUAAAAAAGUUCUCUGAGAACUUCACCAUUGUCUUGUUUCACUACGAUGGUCGGGUCAAUGAAUGGGAUCAGUUUGAGUGGUCAAAGCGGGCUAUCCAUGUUAGUGUUCGGAAGCAAACUAAAUGGUGGUAUGCCAAACGCUUUCUACAUCCUGACAUUGUGGCACCCUAUGACUACAUCUUUGUUUGGGAUGAGGAUCUGGGUGUGGAGCAUUUUGAUGCAGAGGAGUACUUGCGUUUGGUAAGGGAGUAUGGUUUGGAGAUCUCACAGCCUGCUCUGGAUCCGCGUAGUGGUUUCACUUGGCAGAUGACUAAGAAAAAAGAUGAUACUGUAAUUCACAAGGAGGUUGAGGAGAAAAGUGAUUGGUGUGCUGAUCUACAUCUGCCACCAUGUGCCGCAUUUGUUGAGAUCAUGGCCCCUGUAUUCUCCAGAGAUGCUUGGCGUUGUGUAUGGCAUAUGAUACAGAAUGACCUUGUUCACGGGUGGGGUCUUGAUUUUGCCCUCAGAAACUGUGUGGAGCCUGCUUAUGAGAAAAUAGGAAUUGUAGAUGCCCAGUGGAUACUCCAUCAAGGCGUUCCUUCACUUGGGAACCAGGGGCAAGCACAGGAUGGGAAGGCACCAUGGCAAGGGGUGAGAGAGAGAUGUUACAAGGAAUGGACAAUGUUUCAAGAACGAAUGGCCCAGGCAGAGAGAGCUUAUUUUCUAGCUAUGGGAAUUACUCCCCCAAAUUCUUCUAUAACCUACUUUGGAUGAUAGUGGAACACAGGAAACUUAGGAUUAUCAUUUUCAUAUUCCACUUCUUUGUUUGACCAAGUUGCGGUAGCACUUUUAUAUUCAUCA